CCUCGUCCCCGCCUCCAGAACCCUCCCCCCUAGCCGCCGCCGCCUCUCCAGCCGCCCGCCCGCGUUUGGUCCGCGCGCGAUCGAUGGCGACGGGGGCUGGCGCCGCCGCGGGGCGGGCGUCGGUGCGGCCCGUCGACAGGAACGGCGUGCCCCGCGGCACAGCGCGCUCCAAGUCAGUCGCCCCGCGGCGCCCGCCCUCGCCGUUCCGCGCCCGCCCCGCUGCCGCUGACCACGACGGCUCCGCAGAUUUGUGCAGAGUAAGAGUUGCUGUAAGGAUUCGCCCGAAGAACGCCGAGGAAUUGGCUCAUGGUGCAGACUUCGAUAGUUGUGUUGAGUUGCAGCCUGAGUGUAAGAAGCUGAAGCUAAAGAAAAAUAAUUGGACUUCCGAAUCCUACAAAUUUGAUGAGAUCUUCAGCGAAAAUGCUUCUCAAAAACGUUUAUACGAGGUCGUUGCGAAGCCUGUAGUUGAGAGUGUAUUAGAAGGGUAUAAUGGGACAGUGAUGGCUUACGGUCAAACAGGUACUGGCAAGACGUACACAGUUGGUCGACUCGGAAAAGAAGACCCUUCUGAACGUGGUAUAAUGGUCAGAUCGUUUGAGCAUAUCCUUUCCAGUAUGUCUUUGGAGACAGAUAGUGUGGCUGUAUCGUAUCUCCAGCUAUACUUAGAAUCUGUUCAAGAUCUGCUGGCACCCGAGAAGACUAAUAUACCAAUAGUUGAGGAUCCAAAAACCGGUGAAGUUUCAUUGCCAGGUGCUGCAAUAGUUGAAAUAAAAGAUCUUGAACAUGUUUUUCAACUUCUGCAAAUUGGUGAGACAAAUCGGCACGCGGCUAAUACUAAGAUGAAUACCGAAUCAUCUCGCAGUCAUGCCAUUCUAAUAAUUCAUCUACAAAGAAGUUUGAGAAUAAAAGAAGAAAUGACUACCUCUAUUCCUAAUAGUGCAGAAGAGUUUUUUCCUGGUGAUAUACCACUUGUUCUGAAAAGCAAACUCUUGAUUGUUGACCUUGCUGGCUCAGAACGAAUUGAUAAGUCAGGAAGCGAAGGCCACAUGAUUGAAGAAGCCAAGUUUAUUAAUCUUUCAUUGUCAUCUCUGGGAAAGUGCAUUAAUGCACUAGCAGAAAAUAGUCCUCAUAUACCAACAAGAGAUUCAAAGCUUACAAGGAUGCUUCGUGACUCAUUUGGAGGAACUGCCAGGACAUCCCUUGUUGUGACAAUAGGUCCAUCUGCAAGGCAUUACUCAGAAACUUCAAGUACAAUUUUGUUCGGUCAGAGAGCAAUGAGAGUAGUAAACACAAUGAGGUUAAAGGAGGAAAUUGACUACGAAAUUCUAUAUAAGAAGGUGGAAUGUGAGGUUGAUCAUCUCACAUCAGAGAUGGAGAGGCAGCAAAAGCUCAAACACAUUGAGAUAACGCAGGUGGAGAAAAGGUUGAAAGAGUCAGAGAUGCUCUUCAAUGAUUUCAGAGUAACCUCCAGCAUGCAAAUUGAGAAUCUGGAGAAGGAAAAGCAUCAAUUUGGAUAUGCAAUCAAAAAGUUAAUGCAGGAGCUGGAGGAAAAGGAAGGCCAAAAUAAUGUUCUUUCACAGCAAAUCAUUCAUUUAGAAACAUCAUUGAACGAACAGAAGCAACAACAGCUUGAGAGCUUGUCAAACACGAAAAUUCUUGCUGAUACAACUAAAACUCAUGAGAAGAAAAUGGGAGAAUUGUUGAGGCAGCUUGAGGAAGAGAGAUCUCACUGUGCUGGUAUGAAGGACCAUUUUAAUAUUCUACAGCAGAAACUGAGUGAUGCUCAGAGUUCUGCUCAGUUCCAGGAAAAUAUGGCAUGCGAGUUGAAAAAGGAGCUAUCCGAAAUCACUACAGCAUUUACCAGUCAACUGCACUCACUAGAAGAAAAAAACAGUGAACUCCUGUCAGAGAAGGAACUCAUAUAUGAAGAACUGAAAUCUACACAAGAAAAGUUGCAACAUGAAACAACGCAUAGGCAGAGCCUUGAAUCUGAAGUUCUAAGGUUGAAGCAGUCUUGGACUGAUAAUUGUGCCGAAGAGUCUAAAACAUUAUGUGGUAUGGUUAGAUCAGGAUCUGGAUUAGGCAGUGCGGCUUUUAUGUCUAAAUCAGGAAAAUCAAAAGAAACCCAAUCAAGCCAGAGGGGUACCAUGUCAAAGAUAUUUGAAGAAGUUGGUCUUCCAAGUGUCCUGGCUCUGCUGAAGUCCAACGACCUAGAGGUGCAGAUUCAUGCGGUCAAAGUGGUUGCUAAUCUUGCUGCUGAAGAUGUUAAUCAGCAGAAAAUCGUUGAGGAAGGAGGGCUGGAUGCUCUUCUGUCACUUCUAGAAACCUCAGAAAACACUACAAUUCACCGAGCAACUGCUGGUGCCAUUGCUAACUUGGCAAUGAAUGUAUCAAACCAGGGACUUAUAAUGAGCAAAGGAGGAGCUCGACUAUUAGCAAAUGUUGCAUCAAAAACCGAUGAUCCUCAAACUAUGCGGAUGGUGGCUGGUGCAAUUGCCAACUUAUGUGGAAAUGAUAAGUGGCACAUGAUGUUGAAACGAGAUGGUGGAAUAAAAGCACUUCUAGGAAUGUUUCAAACUGGACAUCAUGAUGUCAUAGCUCAGAUAGCACGGGGUCUAUCAAACUUUGCAAAGUGUGAAUCUCGAGUAAUAAGCCAAGGUCACAGGAAAGGGAGAUCCCUUCUCAUUGACGAUGGCGUCCUUACUUGGAUCGUGGCCAAUUCGACCGUGUUAUCUCCUUCCGUGCGAAGGCAUAUCGAGCUUGCCUUCUGCCAUCUAGCUCAAAAUGAGGAAAACUCCCGUGAUAUCAUUGUAACUGGAGGGAUUAAGGAGCUCAUCCGCAUAUCAAGAGAGUCCUCAAGAGAUGAUGCCCGUAACCUGGCAAAGAAAGCGUUAACUUCAAACCCAGCUUUCUUAAAGGAGACACAGUGAUUGUCUUUCUUAUUUUACAUUUGGCAGAUGAUUCAUCAAAUUUGAGCUUAUCCCCUCUGCCCUCUGUUUAAUCCCAUUUUUGCAUUCGUCAAAGCUAGGGAGCUGGACACCAGGUGGAGAUUUGUAGAAACUAUUUAAUGGAGUUAUUAUUAUUUUUUGUGGGUAAAAGGGGAUAUUAUAUACUAAGAAGGCAAAACAGCCGUACAGUACAAUCUUGGAAAACCAUCUCCAAGAUUGUAGCAAGGUUGCUCGAUUCUAAGGUUUUGUGAUCUAUAUACCCUUUCUCGGAAGAAAAUCUUCUAUCCUGCAACACGAAAGCCCUAAUUUCCUUGACAAGAGGUAUGUGAUGGAGCUAUUAUUGUAAACAGUCUCUCUUGUUGUAAAUGAAAAUAAGAAUGAAUCUCUGUAUUGAUUACAUUGAUUGAUGUUAUAUUUAUACAAGGGUAAGGGAACCAA